CCUUGAUUUGCAACUCUUGGGUGUUUUGAUAGGUUGCAAGAUAACGAGAAUGUAUACGUGACAUAGUGCUACCGUGUAUGUUUUUGGGAAUUUUUCGGAUCAGUUGUCGGACAAGGAAAGAAACAUUCGGUCUCUGGAAAACCUAUGAUUGACCAGUCCGGACAGACGAUAUUUAAAAGGUUCUGUCCAUGAGUCACAGUAGGAAGCCCGCGCCCCGGGGACAGGGGGCGGCACGGGCCAAACAGAUGGGGCUGUUGCUGGAUCUCCCCCCGGAAGGAGGGAUGGAUGAAGGAGGAAAUGAAGAAGAGCUGGAGGCAGAGCUACUUGCUCUGAUGGGAGGGGGCAGGACCCCAGGGAAGAAAGAAGGAAAAGCUCCUGUUCCCAUGGCGGAUAUCGAACGCAUGGCGGCUUUGUGUAUGAAGGAUCUCGAUGACGAUGAUGUUGGAGAUGAAGAUCUGGAGGAUGACGACGACCUCCUGGCUGAGCUGAACGAGGUCUUGGAGGAUGAAGAGGAAGAGGCUCCUCCUCCUCGCGCCUCCUGCCCUUCCAGCUCCAACUCCACCCCCAGCACCUCCCCAGGUGGACCGGCCGGGCUGGAGGCCCUCCUGGCGGAACGCAUCGACAUGUACCAGACGGCCAUCUCCAAUGCCAACGCAGCGGGCGACGGCAGCAAGGCGCGCAGAUACGACCGCGGACUGAAGACUUUGCAGACGAUGUUGGUGUCCGCCAAGAAAGGAAAACCAGUCAACCAAGAGGAAAUCCCGCCUCCGGUCGCCAUUGGUGGAAAGGCUGCCCCCGCACCGCAGCCUGAACCAGUCAAAGUGCGGGAGCCUCUAGCCCCAGUGUUGACACCCUCCCAGACCACCAAUCAGAAGCCCCUAAGGGAGGCUGCACCUGUUGCCCCACCUCCAAAGCCCCACCUCCUAGUUCCGCCUCAGAAGAAUACUGCUGUUACCCCGGAAACGCCUGCUAUCUCCCCCCUUACCCCCAUCCAGCCAGAUGGGAGGCACUCCGAGUUGAAGCAGUCUGUUCUGACACGACAGAGGGAGUAUAAGCUGGCAGCAAUCCAGGCCAAGCAGGGUGGAGACUCAGAACUCGCCAAGCAACACUACCUCGUCGCCAAGAAACUGGACCCAGUGGUGGAGGCGUUGGAUAGAGGGGAACCAGUGGACCUCAGCUCUCUACCUCCUCCUCCAGGAGAUGUGGCGGUUGAGCGUUCGGCUCCUCCACCUUCCCAGUCUUUGCCCAGCCCCGCCCCCACAGCCGCUCCCCCUGCAGCGCCCCCGGUGGCCGAAGCUGCCCUCCCAGCCCCGGGCAGUGUGGGGGAGGCGUUACAACAGAGGAUGGAUCGGUACAAAGCGGCCGCCGUGGGAGCCAAGAGCAAAGGAGACGACCGCAAGGCCCGCAUGCACGAGCGCAUAGUCAAGCAAUACCAGGACGCCAUCCGGGCUCAUAAAUCUGGACGACCGGUAAACCUGGCUGAUCUACCGGUACCGCCAGGUUGCCCCCCGCUACAAGGCUCCGAGGGAGGCCAACAGAACCUUAUGGGCGUCAUGGAGACGGCCAUGAAAUUAGCCAAUCGGGACGUAGACGCGGAGGAUGACGAUGGACCAGAGGAGGUAGCCACGCCCACAGCAAGACCUCCGGUCCAGAAAGCCAAAGCUCCGGCCCCUCCGCCGGGUUCGGGUGGGAGCAAAACACUGGAGUCCAAGCUGGGACCUAAAUCCCAGCAGCAGUUGGACUUCCUAAUGGCUCGGCGGCAGGCCUUCAUCCGCGCCGCGCUGCGGUCCAAGCAGAUGAAGGACAUGCAAGGAGCGGCGGUCCAUCUCCGGAACGCCAAGGGGCUGGAUCACAUGAUCAACGCCACCAAGGGCGGCCUGCCUGUAGACAUCACCAAGGUCCCCAGUGCCCCAGUGAGUGAGGAGGAUUACACUCUAUCACGCUCCUCCCGCGCCUCCCCCCUCUCCCCCCGUACCUCAGAGCAGUACAGCAGCCUGAUGGGGGCCCUGCGACAGCAGCAUGAGAAAUGUCUUAGUUACUCACAGCAGUUUACUCACAUGGGAAACGUGCCUGAGACCUCCAGGUUUGAGAAGCUGGCAGAGGAGUGUAUGCAGAACAUCGAUGUCCUGAAGACCGCUCACGCCAAGGGCCAGCCUGUCCCAAAAUACCACACGGAAGAGAGGACCUACAACACUGUCAAAAUGAAUCCUAACCUGACAGCCAAUGAGAUGAUGCUGUACAUCGUGAAGGGCAUCAAUCUACCUCCUCCGUCUGGAGUCUCAGCCAGUGAUCUUGAUGCCAGUGUGCGCUUUGAGUUUCCUUUCCCUAGUGCGGAGGAGGCGCAGCGUGAUAAGACCAGCACCAUGAAGGGCACCAACAGUCCCGAGUUCAAAGAGGAGUUCAAACUCGUCAUCAACCGUCAGCACCGAGGCUUCAAGAGGCUCAUUCAGACCAAGGGGAUCAAGUUUGACAUCGUCCACAAGGGGGGUCUGUUCAAGGGAGACAGAGUGGUGGGGAACGCUCAGCUGAAACUGGAGUCCCUGGAGAGCCAGUGUGACAUCAGACAGAUCGUAGAGGUGUUGGAUGGGCGUAAGGCCACCGGGGGUAAGCUGGAGGUUCGUGUGAAGAUUCGGGAGCCUCUGGGAGGGGCGCAGCUUCAGACCACCACAGAGAAGUGGCUGGUUAUAGACCCCCCACCCAUCACCACCCCUGACCAGGAGCGCCACAGAGAGGAUCGGGAUAGUAGAGGGGGUGAACCGGAGAGUCGAGACAGGAGACGCGGUGAACCGGAGAGUCGGGACAGGAGGCGCGGUGAACCGGAGAGUCGGGACAGGAGGCGCGGUGAACCGGUGAGUGGAGACAGGAGACGCGGUGAACCGGUGAGUCGAGACAGGAGACGCGGUGAACCGGUGAGUCGAGACAGGAGACGCGGUGAACCGGUGAGUCGGGACAGGAGACGCGGUGAACCGGUGAGUCGGGACAGGAGACGCGGUGAACCGGUGAGUCGGGACAGGAGACGCGGUGAACCGGUGAGUCGGGACAGGAGACGCGGUGAACCGGCUCCAUCGCCUCGCUCUAAACCCAAGAGUGAUUCUGGACGGACCAGCAGUCACCCCAGCAGCCACUCUCCUCCCCAGUAUAAAUUCCACAGCUUCAGCCUGCUGAACUAUGACAAGGAGAGGCUGGAGAGGAAAAUUGGUGAAUUCCAGAAGAGUAAGCAGGACCCUCCGCCCAGCCUCCUAGAGCAACACAAGGACGUCACCCACAGGCUGCAGUGGCAGAAAGCCCAGUUAGGGAGAGGCUCACCGACACUACUGACUGACUAUGAAAAUGUGUUGAGGCGUUUGUCCCAGGGUCUUGGUGACUCUGUUAAGACGUUCUCCGCUCAAGGCAAUAGGGAUGCCGCCAAGGACUGUUUAUACCGGCUGAAGAUGGUUGAGACUGAGUUGGAAUCUGUGAAGAGGAAACGCUCCGUAUAAGAGAGGACAGAGUGGUGGCUGGAGGACUGUUCUCUCUCAGAUGCACGCACACACACACACAAACACACACACACACGCACAGACAUAAAGGAGUCUAGCUUCUCUAGCGUCUCCAAGACACUCCUAAGCUUCAGUCUGCCUCAAAUUAUAAUCUCUCUAUUUAGUAUUUUGAUUUCUAUUGUUUUUAAUUCCUGCUUACUGUGGUUUUGUUUGAGGGGAAACCAUCUGAAAUGAGAACCAAGGUGUGUUCCAAAUGCCCUGGGAAUUGUGUUCCAAAUGCCCUGGGAAUUGUGUUCCAAAUGCCCUGGGUAGUGUGUUCCAAAUGCCCUGGGUAUUGUGUUCCAAAUGCCCUGGGUAGUGCAUGUCUCAGAGACCAGGCAGACUGAGGAAACAUGCAGGCAUGAAGGGGGAGGUUUAUUCACACUAGGAAACAAAACACUACAUAUGUUAACAGAACCCAGACUCCUCCAUUCUCUCGCUCCCUAUCGUACUCCCCCGUCCCCCGUCCCGUCUCCCCCUCUGUUCAACCCUCUCUAACCAAGUGACUCCAGGUAAUUAGAAGUGCGCCGAGUGUGUGUGUGUGUGUGUGCCGAGUGUGUGUGUGUGCGCCGAGUGUGUGUGUGUGCGCCGAGUGUGUGUGUGUGCGCCGAGUGUGUGUGUGUGCGUCGAGUGUAAUGAGCUUAGUCAAAUCUGUCUGCUCCACUAUUCUCAGAUUACAGUAAUCUAACCUGUUUGGUGUCGUGUGAUAUGGGAAUGAAACCAGGGCUUCGGGGCGCGGGAACAACAUCCCAUAAUGAGGGAUUAGCUAUCACCGGUGUCGCCCGGGAGACGCCUCACCCUGGGAUGUGAGGAAGCAGGGUCCUCAAAGGGGUUACAGCGAGGGGGACAGUUAGAAUUAGAACAGAUGUAAAGCUCUGGAAUCCACUGGAUUUCCUUUAAAUGGGGAUACAUGCAGGUUCUGUAUUAGUUGGGAUUCGUUGGUACCAGUCCAAAGCCCUGUUCAGACAUGCUAGGCUGGUGGCCUAGUUGUUGAAGCAGCUGACCUGUAACUGGGAGGUUACUGGAUCAAAUCCCAGAGCUGUCAAGGUUGAAAAUCUGUCAUUCGGUCCCUGAGCAGGUUAGUUAAUCCUAAUUGCUCCGAGGUUGUUGCUUUGAAUAAGAAUGUGUUCUCUCAUACCUGCUCAAAUGUUUAUAUAUAGAUAUGUUCCUGUAAAUGAGAAUAUACGUUAUGGCCAGGGAACACCAUGUUGGUUUGACCUUUUAUUAUUAUUUUAAAGGCGUUUUAGAACAGUUUGCGCUUUCUGAAUUGUUUAGUUUUAAAAUGUCUCAUGAACCAGGUGGAAGAGUAUUUAAAAAUAUUUUUCUGUCAGGAUGAUGUUCUGCCCACAGUUAGAAUAUUUGACCAUGGCUUAUGUCGUGUCAUCAUGAUGUCAUUACUUAGAGUAUUCAGAGGUUUUUGACAGCUCUGUGAUGUCAUCAGUCAAUGUUCUAUAAAAGGCUUCAGUUUAUUUUGAUGUCAUUCAAGCAUCUUUUUAGGCAGGUUUCCAUUGACACAGGUUUAAUCAACCAAAGCAAUUUUGCAAUUUUGUCUACCUUUUAAUGGACAUUUUUUAAAGUGCAAAUAAAAGUUUAUACAAUCAACAUGGGGGGGUAUUUUUUAUGUGGCCGCAACAGUUUAAGCAGGCCAGUAGGGGGCUGCACUACAGAGAGGGUAAAUUAUGAUUUGUAUAAAGGCUUUCAUGUGUCUUUCAGGCCAAAACCGAAGGGUAAAACGUUCUGGUUUUGUGUCCCAAAGGACACCCUGUUAUCCACAAAGUGCACUAUUUUGUUCAAAAGAGCUGCACUAUGAAGAGAAUAGGGUAGUGUGUACGUGCGCUCGUGCGUGUGUGAUCCUUCCCCAAGCCCCAGAUAUAUGACUUAAUCCAUGUCAAAGCUGCCCGAUGUCCGACUCCAAUCCCCAAGGGAUUCUGUAAGAAUGAACAUUGCCUUCUCUGUCCUUGUACUUUUCUGGUUUCACGUUUGGAAUGAGAUGAGCAGCUCUGCUUCUUUCUGACUAAAAUGCGUGUGCGUUUGGGCUCUGGCGGGCCAGGGAUUGCAGAUGCCAGUGGUUCUGAGGUCAGACCUGUUUUCCCUUGUUUGGGGAUAGAAGGAACCCUGAGGGCAGAAACCCGUGCUCUCAUCCUCCCACACACACACACACACUGUCGGUCGGUCCAAAACCACCCCGAGUCCCUGAAUCCUCCCGUUGCCGUGACAACUCGCUCAUCAGCAUGCUUGGUGGUUGAUUACGGGACAAACGUCUCUGACACACGGACAGAUGGUCAAACUUACUGGUCGCUCACUUCUCUCCGUCCCUCUCUUUCUUCGCUGUCGCUCUCAUUCUCUGUCCCCCUAAAGUAUAACGCAGCCUUAAUUACUUUCUUCUCCCCCUCAGUCUGAUAUUCUCUCACAACCCUGGAUUGUGUAUUUGGGCUUGUCGAAGUAGGAGUCCUGUAGUGGGGCCUGUGUAAUCUUAUUCAUUACGAUCCAAAAGGCAAAACUGAUCCCAGCCUGUCGAUGUCUUACGUUUGCGUCCUCCAUGUUGUCAGUGUGGACCUGUCAAUAUGUCAUGUACACAAUGCUGAUCAUGGCUAUAUUUUUAAAUGAAGUCGUUGCUGUGUGUCCGAAGGCGAUUGAUGAUCAACUUAUUUGCAUUGUAAUGAUGUUGUAAGAAAUGUCUGUUGAGGGGAAUCAUUAUUGUAUUAAAAUAUUGAGAAUGG